UAUGCGGUCAGUGUGAUUUGGGAACUCAAUGCAGAGACCCAUCAAGUAAUCAGUGUUUGGUAUGGACGAACAAUAAUUCGUUCCCAGUACAAGCUCGCUUACGAGACAGCUCAGCAAAUUUACGAUCUGGCUUCGCAAGACACCGAUAUGUCUGGAGCACAAAUAUUGCAGGCACUCGGUGGAAUGGAGGCCGUUGCAAAGACAAUUCCAGAAUUAGCCAAUUCUACACAGCUGAGAAACGUUCAUGACAAUAUAGCUGUUCUCCCUCCGCCAUUCUGA